AUGAAAAGCUUUAUAAAUAUUACUCUCUCCUUAUUUUUGUUACAUUUAUAUAUUUAUAUAAAUGAUGUUGCUAGUGAAGGAAUUGCAAACAAAAAUAAUCAUAACUUAAGAAAUGCAAUAUUAAAAAAUAAUUUAGAAAUAGAAAAUGUAGAAAAUAUUAUGGAAUCUAAAUUAAAUGAAGAAAAUGAUGAAAAUGUAAAUAAUAUAAUUGUUGGAAAUGAUGUGGAAUUUGAGGGAGGUGUUUCUCAAGUUGAUUUAAAUAAAAUGGUAGCUGAUCAUGCUGCUAAAAAAGCAAAGAAAUAUGCUGAAGAAUCUGCUAUGUAUAAUCGUCUUUUUGGAUGGGAAUUUGGAGGAGGCGCUCCUGAAAGUGAAGCUUCUAAAAGGGCAAGAGAAGCUGCUGAAAAAGAAGCUGCUGAAAAAAAGGCUGCUGAAAAAAAAGCUGCUGCUGAAGAAGAAGCUGCUAUGUAUAAUCGUCUUUUUGGUUGGGAAUUUGGAGGAGGGGCUCCAGAAAAUAAAACAGAAGAAAAUAUGUUAAAACCUUUACCUGUUUCUCCAAAGGACAAGGAACAUAUAUCUAAGGAAAAUGAAGAUACAGUGGACGAGAGUGAAGAACAGAUAGAAGAAAUAGGAGAAAUAGAAGAAAUACAAGAAAAUAAUGAAGAAGAAACAGAAUUGGAAAUAAAUGAAAAUGAAGAAGAAUCAUCAGAAGAGGAAGAAAAGGAAGAAGAAAAAGACCAAAAAAAAGAAGAAAAAUCUGACGAACAAAGUAAAGAAAAUAAGGACCAAUCAACUGAUAUGAAAGCUCAGAAUAUAAUUUCUGAAAAUUACAAAAAUUAUAACAAUGUAAAAGAAGCUGCUGAAACUAUAAUGAAAACUUUAGUUGGUUUAUUUAGUGGAAAUAAUGAAAUGGAUUCUACCUUAAAAGGUUUAGCAGAAGAAAUAUCUCAAUAUUUUAAAAAUCAUUAA